AUGGGGCACUUUGCCCGAGACUGCCGCCAGCGUGGAACUGCCUCAGGGUCUUCAUCAUCAACCGCUGCCACCAACAAAGAACACGGCGCCAGUAUGGUGCAACAUGAAACCAACAUUUUCAAAUUUGGAAAUGGUGAGCGAGAGAUAUCCAACAGGAUGAUUGACAUGCCCGUGCAGAUUGCUGGGAAGCGCGGUAUUGUCCGCGCCGCUGUUGUCAAAGGCGACGCUCCACUGCUGCUGUCAAGGUCGGCUCUCAAAACACUGAAGGCCAACAUGGACUUUGACAAAGAUGAGCUGCAGCUGUUUGGCACUGAUAGUGUUCCUAUGCUGGUCAAUGAGGAUUGCGAAGUUCAGCUGAUGCAGUGGUCUCCCAAGCAGCACCGACAGCUGAUGCACCAAGUCCAGCAAGGUACCAUGCCGAAGGGUCCAGGUAAGAUCAAUGUGAUAGAGGUAUUUUCCCCUCCACGUUUUGCCUUGGAAUGUGAAAAGAUGGGUUGGUCUUGUUUGUCUGCAGAUCUGUGUACAGGCUGGGAUUUCCGUAAAAGUAGUGACCGUCAAGCCAUGAGGGAAACAGUGAAGAAUCGUAAGCCAGACCUCCUUGUCCUUUGUCCUCCAUGCACUUGGGCUGGGGGUUGGUUCCACCUAAAUAAGAAGCACAUGUCAGAUGAAGAACUUCGUGAAAAGAAGAUCCUCACACAACUGUUCAUCAAUUUCUGCAAAGAGUUGAUCAAGAUUCAGUUGAGCAACGGGGGUAGAGUCAUGUUUGAACAUCCAAGAGAUUCCGUUGCUUGGGAAUUGCUAGAGGAAUUGUCAUCACAAUUGCAUACGGUGGAUUUGCACAUGUGUCGUUUCGGUCUCAGAGUGCCCCAAGGCCCACUGAUCCGCAAAGCCACCAGACUGAUGGUUUCACAUGCCAACAUGCGAGAGCUUGGACGCCUGUGCCCAGGCAGUAAGCAUCCGGACCAUGUAGACCACCUGCCCAUUGCAGGGUCCCAUCCGAGCAUUGGGUCAAUCAGUAAGCAUGCAGGUAAGUACACCAGUGCUUUUGUCAAAGCUGUGUUGAAGACGGUCCAUGAACUGCCUGCCACAGACGUGUUGGUGUUACAUCAGGAUAACCCUGCCGAAUGUCUCGUUGCCGCUCAUGAGGAAGAGCUUGAAGGGUAUCCAAGUGAAGCCCCUGAUCAGCAGCCGUCUCCCGACAAUGCAGAACAGAAUGCCGCUGUUCCCCAAUCCGUUCAAGACCGAAUGCAGUCAGCUGUUGAAGAGACUCCAGCGCCAAAUGCUGCCAGUCCUGCCGGUGAGCCUGAAAUGCCCUCUGUUCCUGCAGUGAAUCCAAAGUCACUGCCAGCCUCGAGCCCAGGGAAUGCCCAAGAGAAUGAAGGGUAUGGCCCUAUCCGUAGGAAGGUGUUGGGGAAACAAGGUCCGAUGUCGCUGUAUCGUCCUGGUUCCAUGGCACAAGACGAUUUCGCAGAGCUGAUGCAAGAGGUGGUUCCCCAGUUGUUAGAACAGGUUCUCAACCAAGAAGAUCAAGCCAUGCCAGGUGCCGAGUCAGCCUCGUCUGCCGACCGUUCUGCCGGAGUGAAGCGAGAUGCAUCCCCAGCUGCUCCUCCAUUGGAGCCUUCUGCCAAGAGCCAGCGAACUGUCUCUCCUGACCGUAGCGAUGUCCUUCCGGCCGAUGUAGUGGGCAGAGAAGAAGGUCAUACCUUCUCCCAAGAUGAAGUGACAAUUCUGUCUGUAGAGCAUGUUCCAAACAUUCCUACUGAACAACUCACCAGUGAAGAGCGACAGGAACUUCAUGACAUGUUGAAUCAACAGGUUCCAGUCGAAGUCAUGGUAGCCAACUAUUUGCAAAAGAAGGCAUCAAAAGAAAUUCAAGGUACUGGCAAUCCACCUGAAUUGCAGAACAAAAUUGAUGAGGCAAAGUUGUUAGAAUGGAACACGAUCCUCGCCAAGAAUGCUGCACGAGUUGUGUUGGGUCCCGAAGCUGAUCAAGUGCGAUCCAAGUUUUCUCACCGUAUCAUGGGUAGCAGGUAUGUCAUGACCAUCAAACAGGAGGAUGACGCUCCUGCCAGAGUCAAAGCACGCUGGUGCCUGCAGGGCCAUUUAGACCCUGACCUUCGUGAGAAAGCCACUGCUGGAGAUCUCCAAUCUCCUACCCUGUCUCAAGUUGCCAGAAACAUGGUGUUUCAGUUGAUUUCUUCAUUUAAAUGGAGACUCAAGCUUGGUGACAUUCGAGGUGCGUUUCUCUCGGCAGGGAAUUUGCCCAUGCGAUACCGGCCGUUGUAUGCCCGUCUGCCCCAGGGAGGAAUCCCGGGAAUUCCUGAGGGAUCUCUCAUCGAGGUAUCGUUCUCUCAGCAGUCUUUUCCAGUGCCCACAGUGGCUGAUGCAUUGGCAGCAAAUAAUGCGAUUCGCCGUGCAAAGCAGCAUAGACCGUUUGGUGUUGUUUGCUACAGACUGCAAGAAAGUCCGGAAGCCUUUGACCUGCUGCGUGCUUGCCUGAGAACAGGCAGAUAUCAGAUCAGCCCAGAAGAGAAGAUUCUCGAGCUGCGUGCCGACGAACGCAACAGACGUCAGACCUUUGCGCAGAAAACAGCAUGUUUUCCAUGGUCUAUCGAUGACCAUGACAGGUGUGUGGAGUUGGUGCUUCGUGCUCGCCAGCGUGGAGCAUUUGACUUGGUGAUGAACCGAGUGCGUCGAGUGGAGGAGGGUUUGCAGGCCGAUUUGGCGGCAGUGGGUCUCACUGAUGGCGAUUACGCCAAAUGUGAUGAGAUCUGUGCCAAAGGGAUCUCUGGCCAUGGGGCCAUGACCGAUGCUUCCAAACGAUCCCAUGCAGCCGAAGAUCUGGAUGAAAACGAUGAUGAUGUGGAGACGCAGGGAUAUGUAAUGCCUCAACCGUCCAGUCCUCCGAUGUCCCAUGACCAGUACGAGGUGCCAGUGAAGGUGACAUUUCCUCCAGGAGUUCAGUCCUUGCAGGAGUGGGGUUCCUUCAAGGUGACAUUCGGCAAGUUCAAAGGCAAGAAGUCUUACUACCAGGUUUAUCUGGGGAGAACUCUGAUGAGAUGA